GAAUAACAUGCCUGCAAAACAGUUCUGUUGCCAAAGUGUGUUUUGAUGUAUUAUAAUGUACAGAACCACAGGCUUGCAGGCAGCUGAAGUUGUGCAAUCUUUCCAUGCAGACUGAGAGAGCUUUCAGGGAUAAAUAACUUCUUCACAGAUAAAAAAUAAAAUAACUUGGAGGCUGUUUAUUCAAAAUACUUAUCGUGUACCUGCGUUUAAUAGUGUUUAAAAAAAGAAAACAGCCAUUUCCACGUAAACAUUAACUGCAGACCUCUCUCAGUCUAUCUCAGAAAGCAUGUUUUUACAAGAUGUUACUUUAAAAGGAAGAAAUAGGAGGAGCACUGACCUAGGAUAGAAAGGUUUGGGUUGUUAGUAUUUUUCCUUUGUGUCACUGUGGGUUACAGAAGGGAACGUGCAGCACGAUGCAGCUCUCCUGCUCGUUUUCCAGUCGGAUUACCGAGGCUGACUGGAGGGAUAUCUGUGUUUGAAUUCAAUUAGUUCACUUUCCUCUCUGGAUUAGUAGCCCAUUCUGAUUAAGUCCUGUUAUCUGGUGCUUCAACUCAGUCCAGCAACUGAAGACUCUUGAUCUGCCGGAUCAGCUCCUUCCAAAUGCCCUUUGACACACGAAUACAAAUCCAUGCCUUACUAUUGGUCUUGUUGUUCAUGGAAAACAAAAAUUCCAGGUAAUGGUAGUUGAAGAUGCCGGCGCCCUGGCGAAUAUGCUGCAAUAAAAAAUCCAAAUCCAAGACUGGAAAAGCUGAAAUGGACGAUAUGGCAGACACAAGUGAUAAAAUGCAGAUGAAAAAAGAAAUUACGUUACUAAAUGGAGUUUCUUUAAUUGUCGGGAACAUGAUUGGCUCUGGGAUAUUUGUAUCUCCCAGAGGGGUUUUAAUGUACAGUGCUUCCUACGGACUCUCUCUAAUCAUCUGGGCUCUUGGCGGAAUGUUUUCACUGUUUGGAGCUUUGUGUUAUGCUGAAUUGGGAACAUCCAUUGUUAAAUCUGGAGCCAGCUAUGCCUACAUCCUGGAAGCAUUUGGUGCCUUUGUGGCCUUCAUCAGACUGUGGUCUUCUUUGCUAAUUAUUGAACCAACAACUCAGGCAGUGAUAGCAAUCACAUUUGCUAACUAUAUUGUUCAACCAAUUUUUCCUCAUUGCGAGCCACCAUAUGAUGCAGUCAGGUUGAUUGCAGCUGCUUGUAUUUGUUCCUUAACAUUUAUUAAUUGUGUGAAUGUGAAGUGGGGAACCCGCGUACAAGAUGUUUUCACAUAUGCAAAAGUUAUGGCUCUUAUCUUGGUGAUAGCUGUUGGUCUUUACAAAAUUGGUAAAGGAGAAACAGAAAACCUGAGAGCUCCCUUCGAGGGCUCAGCAACAAACCCGGGAAUGAUUGCACUGGCUCUGUACUCUGCCCUCUUUUCCUACUCGGGGUGGGACACCCUGAAUUACGUCACCGAGGAAAUGCAGAAUCCUGAGAGGAAUUUACCACUUUCUAUUGCAAUUUCCAUGCCUAUUGUGACUAUUAUUUACUUGAUGACGAAUAUAGCGUACUAUGUAGUGCUGGACAUGUCAGCUCUCCUCACAAGUGAUGCAGUGGCUGUCACGUUUGGCAGUGAAACCCUUAGUUAUGCUAAGUGGAUAAUUCCUAUAGCUGUGGCCAUGUCCUGCUACAGUGGGUUAAACUCUUCAAUAAUUGCAGCAUCUAGGCUUUUUUACGUUGGAGCCAGAGAAGGACACCUUCCGGACAGUCUGAGCUUAAUUCAUAUAAAGUGUUUCACACCAGUCCCUGCUCUUCUCUUUAAUGGCUUAAUGACUUUGCUUUAUCUCCUCGUGGAAGAUGUUUUCCUCCUCAUUAACUACUACUGUUUCAACUACUGGCUCUUCGUGGGUCUGUCUAUUGCAGGGCUAAUAUAUCUGCGAUAUACUCAGCCACAUAGGCCACGGCCUAUUAAACUGAACCUCUUCUUCCCUAUCAUAUACUGUUUAUGUUCCCUUUUCCUAGUCAUAGUUCCUCUCUACAGCGACACAAUCAAUUCCCUUAUUGGCAUUGGUAUUGCCCUCUCAGGCAUUCCUGCAUAUUAUUUGGGAGUCUACCUGCCAUUUGAAAAAAGACCUAGAUGUCUGCAGUGGCUUUCCGUUAAAACAACAAAAUGUGUUCAACUGCUCUUCUUCUGUGCGCUGUCAGACCUGGACAUAGACAUGGAACCUACAGGAGCCAAGAGCAAGUAGAGCUGCACCUUGACAUUGAGAGUUGCACCUUGACACGUCCUAUCUGGAGCAUUUUUUAUAACCUGAAGUCCUUCCUGUAUCCUCAGUUAAACUAAAGCACUAGCAAUUGUCCUAUGCAUCAGUUUGAUGUCGACUAAUUUGUGCUUGUUUUAUAAACCACUUGCCAUCCUCUGUUUUACAAUUUAAAACUAAAAAAAAUAUGUCUGUUAACAGUUAUCGAGUAACAUUUUGAAACUACAAAGCACCUUAUGAACAACUAUUUAUCAGUAGAUAAGUGUUAAGUAUUAGGUUAAUUGCAAAAGUGUAAUGAAAAGUAUUAAGUCCCAUCAGAAUCCUAACAAAUAAAUUGACAAAUAUAACAAAAAUCAAACCAAAUAUUGCAAGAUUCAAAACCUGAGUUGGGAAGUAGAAACCGUAAUGUACUUCUAAUAAUAUCAUUAAAUUCUUAGCCAAAGUAAAAAACAUAUAGUUAAUACUGAUAGACAUGCUUUGAAUCAUUGUAGCAUUAGCAUUAGACUAUUCUAAUGCAUAAUUCCCACCAUAUAUAUGGUACCAAAUGGAGAAAAUGAAAGUUUUCAGUCAUUUAAGUUUUGUGAGAAAUUUUCGUUUGGUGGUAUCCCACAUUCAUUACCCUUUUGCAGAAGCAGUAUUUUCAAUAAACAAAUGACAGUGUUGUAAUUGAAGUAUUUUUGCUUUCUAGCAGAAAAACCUGCUGUGGAGCAGAGUGUUGUAAGGGACUUAGCCAUGUUUCAACUAGAGUAUAUUUGGGGAAAACACAUUCCCAUAGUGUCCACUGCUUGCCUAGAAGUAUCAAGAUCAAGUGUGGCCCCAUAAAUCACAUUUUUUUUUGCACAGUAGAACUUAUUUAAAGAAAUCAUAAGGCGAAAUUAAAAUCUAUUGAUAUUUAGAAAAUCCCUUGAGUCACUGCCCAACCCUGCAGGCUGAUCUAUCGCAGUCACAGAAUUGUUGAUGUUGGCCUCUGGAAGUCUCCUGGUCCAUCCCUCUGCUCAAGCAGGGCCACCAAAUGCAGGUUGCCCAGGACUGGCCUCACCAGUUCCUGCUGGCACAGCAACCUGCAGCUCUGCUCUUCAGCACAGAGAGCCUCCUGCACCAGCUGCCAGCUCUUCACAUCGUUCAGAUGCCCAUCGCACAGUUGGACGAGUGCGUUCACCAGCAAAUGUCAUGAAAUAAAAGGACAAUGAAGAACUACAUUCAAUCUCUUGAACGUUUUUCAGUUUGGCACACAGAAUGUGAAACCAGUCCUAAUUAGCUGCCUCCAAUGGAAGAGAAAAUAACUGUCGCGGGAAAGAAAAAAAGACAAUCAACUUUGCCACCUAGGCCACAAAAAUGGAUGGUCCAUUUCUAAUCUGAUAUUCGCUGAUAUUUAACACCAUUUGUUAUUCUUGUUGGCAAGUCAUACUUCUUUCUGUAAUUAUAUUUGAAUGUAACAUAUAUUGUUUCUAAUUUUAAUGUUAUCAUUCCUAUUUAAUUAAUCCCAAGUAAGGUACUUUUUUAAUCUUAUACAAAUCCCUGUAACUUCUAGCAUUGUCUUUUAUUUAUGUCUGCCCUGAGAAAGAGGAAUGGAAUAGGGAAGAAGGCGAUUGUUGCCUCUGAAACCUCUCCUCAUUCCUUCCAUGCAAUGUAAGGUCAUUUGCCAUAUGAUAAUUCCAUGCAUCUCCAGCUCUGUCCUUGCUGACAGGUCUCCUGUGAAACCUUCUAUUUGCGUUUCUAUGCCAUCCAUUAUGGCAGUUGUGGUGGGACUUCUUUUGAUUCAGAGUACAAAUGAUAAAAAUGCACUAAACUAAGGUAAACAUGAAGCUAUUAGAGCUGCAUGUUUUGCUUUUUGGAAGCUAUGACUUUUAUGCACUAAAAAUCACUUUAGUGUCACAGUCACAAAACAUUAAGAGGAAAAGGGUGUAAUUUAGCUUGCCCAGCUCAGAACACUCCCACAUACGUGUACACAAGUGCCUCUGUUACAGCAUAGCACUAUGUUGAUCCUGCUGUACAGUUUUACAGAAAUACUGCAUUUUCACCUCAUUUUUAAAGGCAUCGGUUAAUAAUAGAGUCGAGAUCUCAGACUUUAUCAGAGCACACGGAGAGUACAAACCCUACAAGUCAGUACCAAACAAAACCUGACAGUCUUUGUCUCCACAGAGUUCAAAGCUCUGCUUAGUGCUGAGCUAUGUGUCAUACCAGGACAGCACUGCACCAUCCUCUGAAGUUAUUCUUAACAGGACCAAAGCUACCAAGUGAUUUGAGACAAAUGAGGUGAUGUAUCAGGUGGUAACAGAUAGCAGAUACCAAAGGUAGUGUAAUAAAGUCUAUGAACUAAGACCAUUUCCAUAGAGAAGUCUGAGCUGAUAAGCUUCUUCCUGUGUUUUUUUUUUUGCCAAAAUCUGUUUUUGCAUGAAUCUGUUAACUUUCUGAGCAUAACACGCAAGCCUCCAUUUUCUUUCUUUCAGGACAGGAGACAUGUUGAAGAAUAUCAGUAGUCAGAUGCAAAGCUAUAAAUGUGAAUAAUGUUAUUGAAAUUAUGUAUGGACAUUGGAAUCUCAAAAAUGUUCAUGUUUGUUGAUUUUUCACUCCUUUCAAAUAAUAUAUGUAAGUUAUUUUCAAAUAUCUAAAGCCAAGUCUUAGAUGCUGAAGUAUUUAAAUAAAUCAACAUUUGAUCCUUGGCAAAUGCAA